GUGUGUGUGUGUGUGUAGGAAGAGGCAUUCGCUCUCUUAGACCUUGCUUCUUUCUGUGGUUCGGUUUCUAUAGAGACACUUCCUGUGGCAGAGAAAAGAGGUAGUGAGCUGGUGUUUCAGGAUGUGAGGGCCCACAGGAGCAGAGCCGGGCUCUCUCUGUUGCCUGCCUGCUGCUGUGCAAGCUCUGGCCGGGGCUGCCCGCGGUCCCCAUGGUGGGCGCUCCUUGCAGCAGGGACCCGUGAACAGCGGCGGCAUGCCGGGGAAGCCCAAGCACCUGGGUGUCCCCAACGGGCGCAUGGUUCUGGCUGUCUCAGAUGGAGAGCUGAGCAGCACGGCAGGGCCUCAGGGCCAGGGCGAGGGCCGAGGAAGCUCCCUCAGUAUCCACAGCCUCCCUAGUGGCCCCAGCAGCCCCUUCUCCACCGAGGAGCAGCCUGUGGCCAGCUGGGGUCUGUCCUUCGAGCGGCUGCUGCAGGACCCGCUGGGGCUGGCUUAUUUCACUGAGUUUCUGAAGAAGGAGUUCAGCGCUGAGAAUGUAACUUUCUGGAAGGCCUGCGAGCGCUUUCAGCAGAUCCCGGCCAGCGACACCCAGCAGCUUGCUCAGGAAGCCCGCCAUAUCUACCAGGAAUUCCUGUCCAGCCAGGCGCUGAGCCCGGUGAACAUCGACCGGCAGGCCUGGCUAGGCGAAGAGGUGCUGGCACAACCCCGACCGGACAUGUUCCGCGCGCAGCAGCUCCAGAUCUUCAACUUGAUGAAGUUCGACAGCUAUGCGCGCUUCGUCAAGUCCCCGCUAUACCGCGAGUGUCUCCUGGCGGAGGCCGAGGGACGCCCCCUGCGGGAACCUGGCUCCUCCAGCCCGGGCAGCCCUGACUCCACGAGGAAGAAGCCGAAGCUGAAGCCCGGGAAGUCGCUGCCGCUGGGCGUGGAGGAGUUGGGGCAGCUUCCGUCUGCUGAGGGCUCCGGGGGCCGCCCGCUCCGCAAGUCUUUCCGCAGGGAACUGGGAGCCGGGGCCCCAAACUCGGCCUUGCGCAGAGAGUCCCAGGGCUCCCUCAACUCGUCCGCCAGUCUGGACCUCGGCUUCCUGGCCUUUGUCAACAGCAAAUCUGAGAGCCACCGGAAGAGCCUUGGGAGCACAGAAGGUGAGAGCGAAAGCCGGCCAGGGAAGUAUUGCUGUGUGUACUUGCCCGAUGGCACAGCCUCCUUGGCCCUGGCGCGAUCUGGCCUCACCAUCCGGGCCAUGCUGGCAGGCAUCUGUGAGAAACGAGGCCUCUCUCUACCCGACAUCAAGGUCUACCUGGUCGGCAAUGAGCAGAAGGCCCUGGUCCUGGAUCAGGACUGCACCGUGCUGGCGGACCAGGAAGUGCGGCUGGAGAACAGGAUCACCUUCGACGCGAGGGUCCCGUGCAGGGUCGAGUUGGUGGCUCUGGAGCGCGUGGUGCGGAUCUCCGCCAAGCCCACCAAGCGGCUGCAGGAGGCGCUGCAGCCCAUUCUGGCGAAGCAUGGCCUGAGCCCGCAACAGGUGGCGCUGUAC